AUACAAUGUUCCCAAUGGCAGCGCAAACAGUGAACAAACAGUCUCAGGGUUGAGCCCUUGGGCACUGCGAAGGCACAGACCAACACGUUACAGGCCACUAGGCCAGAGCCAUGGACUCGACCCCGACUACUCCCCAAUCCCAAGAUCCUUCCCCCAUCUCCAUCAAAUCCUCUCCCCGCAAGCUCCCUAUCAAACGCAAAAUCCCCGAUUCCUUUUCUAACCCUACUCUUAAUCUUCAUUUCGUCCCCACUAAACUCGAAUCCACCCUCGAUGAAAACCACGUCGACGCGAAACCACCGCCAUUCAAAUUCCACCGGUUAUGGACCGAGCCCAACGAGAUUCGGUUCCUCCGAGGCCUCCGAGACUGCGCUCCCCAGGGCCUCUCCUUCCCCAGAGACCUCCACGUCUUCUACGACCGCUUCUCGAAUACCAUGUCGCAGCCCUACUCCAAGUCCAAGCUCUCCAAGAAGCUCCGUAGGCUGCAGAAGAAGUUCCGGAUCCUAUCGUCCCGCCUUGCCCGCGGGCUCAAUUCUUCGAUGCUCUCGCCGCACGAUCGGGCGCUCUACGAGCUCGCCGAGAAGCUUUGGAGCCCCGAAUUCUCGUCCACAUCACCGUUCGGUAACAAUUCGAGCGGUUUUGGUAGCAAGGAGAAAGAGGAGAAGAAUAAGAGCGAGAACAAUUUGAUUGGAAUUAAGGCUAGCUUCUUGCCGACCCUGCCUACUUUUUGUUCUCACUCUAAUCAAAACGUUCAUGUCAACGAAUUCGCUAAUGUGGAUGAUGAGAAUCAUAAUCUCGACGGUGAUGGUAACAGCCAUCAUGGCCAGGCGAAUGUUGGGUAUUGCGAGGAAGUGAUAUUCGGUCAUCAGAGUAGUAGUCUGGGGAGUGGUGGGAUCGGUAGGGUGGCGGCCGAGACCGUGUUGGAUGUGUUUGAUCGGUGUUUGAAGGAAAUUCGGACGGUUCUUGUUCGGCAGGGUUUUCUUUAUCCUGAUGGUAAUAAAUCUUCCAAGGUGCCGGAUUUCGACACGCGGUGGCAGCAGCAACGUGUUGUGGAGUUGGACAUCUUGGCUCGGUGCUUGAGGUUGGUUCUCGACAACUCUCUUCGUGGGCAACGAGUAUGAUUUACGCCUAAAGCAAAAUGCCACACCAAAUUCAACUUAUUCUUCUUCCCUUUUGUCGUUUGGUUUUGCUAAAUUGUACAUCCCGCUAUGCGUUAUACAUAUUUUUUAGGUUGGAACAAACUUUUUUUAUGAAGUGAAUAUACCGUUUAUUGAUUUUAUCGAAGUGCUUAUUUACAGUACCAAUGUUUGCUUAA